AUUUCUACCCUGGCUUUUAAGGCAGGAGACUACACUAUCUCUGUGCCCCUUUAUGUAGUUCAGUACAGAAGCCUCGACACAAAGCCUGUGCUUCGAGGAGCCACAGGACCGCACAGGCCUUGCUCAGCUUCCCUCUUGUCCUGCGAGGUCCUAAGCAGUUCACCCUGCACUGGCUGUGGGGGCUGCCUGGACCCUGCCCUUCCCUGGUAUCCUCACUUCAGAGCAUCCCUACCUCCUUCCCUGCUUGCUUCUCUCCAGCUGGAGAAGAGGACCUAUGGCCUGGGAGGCCACAUACCUGCUAUCCCCCAUCCUGCUGGUGCUCCUGGUCUCAGUCUUUGGCGCAGAGGACGCAGAGUUAUAUCAAAAAGUGGAGGGCCAGACAUUUUCUGUGAAAUGCCGGUAUGAUCACAGCCAACAAGUCAACGAGAAGGUAUGGUGUCAGCAAACAUCAACAGAAGAUUGUAAAGUGUUAGAGUCCAGUCUCAUCACAGAAGCUCAGUGGCCAAAUUUCUCCAUCCGGGACUAUCCUGGCUCUCACUUCUUCACUGUCAACAUAAUUGCACUCACAGUGAGAGACUCGGGUCUCUAUUUCUGUGGGAUUUUUGAAAAUCACAGAAGAAUGGCUAUUAUCAGAAGGUUCCGCCUGGUGGUGUCAAGAGGUCAUUCAAAUACUACUGCCUCUGCCAUGAUUCCAACUUGGACAAGAACCAAAGCUCCCCCCAUUUAAUACCACAAAGGAACUGAGCACCGGCUUCUCCAGGUUCUCCAUUUCCAACAUGGUUGUUUUCAUAGUCUGUGGACUCCUCAUUAAGACUCUUAUCUUCACUGUCUUCUUUGCUGUCACAUGGAGGUCAUUUGGAGGACAGACAAUGACGACACAACGGUGACUUAUGACUUUCAGCCAUGUCUAUCUCACAGGAGGAGCUGGAGGUGGGUGAGGCUAAGGAGAGACUGUGACAGAAUUGAGCCUGUAAUCAUGGGUGACAUCUAAGUCUCAGAAUGUCCCCUGCUGGCCCUGCCCUUUUUCACAGUCCACGAUCUUCUUGGGUAUGUGCUCUGUACCCUCAGAAGACAGGAACCAAUGCCCAGCACCUCUGGCCAUUCUGCCUGAAUAGAUGAGUUGGACUCAAAUAA